AUGGAGACUGAUUUGUUGCAGCAGCUACAUGACGGACUGAGUCAGUCCAACAACCGCAGGGGCCGUCAGGGCGGCUUGGGGGGCGUAGCUGGGCAAAAGGAUACACAGAACUCGCAUUGUUUUUUCAAUGAAGACGGUGACCUACACAAGCCCAAGUGCACCGGAUUAUCCUGCGUCCUAGUGCUGCCCUGGUUAAAUACAGCCGUAGCCACCAUGUACCAUCGACGCUCUCUAACGCGCGAGGAAGCAAAGGUCUUUGUGCAGUGCUGUUUGCCAUUUUGCCGGUUCUCUGUAGCGGACUCUACGCGAACUUUGUCAAAGGCGCCACGCUCGGCGCAUGUAAAGGCAAGUCGUUCUGCUAUUGCUGCUGCUUGCGUCCUUGUUGCCUGCCCGGUGUCGCGUGUCGGAGUGUGGGGUGCGGGACAUGUCACCAGAGAGCAUUGGGAGAAGCGAAAAGAGGGAAGAAGAAUCGCAGUCUUCCCUGUGUCGUGUUUAUGCUUGUUCCUCCUAUUUGCAGACAAAACGUGCACUAUCAUUAAAGCAAAAAGCAAGAUCCCGCAAGACGAUUCGGAGGAGGAAGCGCCUCCAGCAUCAGCAGGUGGAUCGGCUCGCAGGACGAAGGCGAAAGGCGCAUGUGUUGAAGUCGAUGCAUCAGGGUGUACAGACACUGAAUCGGUAGAGACGGAGGCCUUAUCCAAAAAGCGCAAGAAAAGAAGGCAACCGGACGGAUCGUGCAGCAAUGACGAUUCCUCCGCUGCUGAUCCAGCUGCGCUUGCCUGCGUUUCAGAGGCUCUUGCAUGCGGAGGUUCCCUCCUGCGGAUAACUAUGCGGGGAGGACGGCAGUCCCUAAGAGAGCAUCUGAAGGCUGUUCUUCCUCGCUGCUGCCUUUUUCACGUUGUCGGCGGUUGCGGUGCAGUAGAUGUGCUACUGCAGCGAGGCACAGAUAGGGGCACUCUUCGACAAAAACGUCUCCACGUAACCCAUAUCCAUGGAACCUGCAAUUUACGAGACGCUGACGCCAACUGGCCGUCCCUUACCGGCCUCUUUCAGCCUAAGGAAACAACCAAAGAGCUCAAAGAGCAAUACAUUAAUGCGACAUUCGGGGUUGACGACUUCGUUGCUGGAGGCCGGGACGUUUGCGAGAUUUGGGGCUUUGCCAUAGACAAGCGUGGCGCAUGCAUCGCUCCGAGUUCCUGA